AUGGAAAACCACAGCCUUACAUCAAAGGGGGAAUCGUUGCUCCCGCUGCGCCUCUUGAACAACCCCAUUGACGAAACCGUUUUGACGGUCAACGGAGAUGAAAGGGUUUUUGUCGGGGGUAAAGGACAAAUGCCAGACCCUUUCCCAUGUCUUUGCCUGAUCAGACCAGCAACCAGCAGCAAUCAAGCAGCAACCAGCAACUUGAACCAACUCACAAACAAGAACGACCCCAACCAAUAA